CCCAUUUUUCCCACCAAGCUUUCUCUCUCUAGUCUUCCCCUCUCUUUCUCUCUCCUCCUUCCUUCAAUCUCUGUACGGUCUCUGGGCAGCUGCUGCCCUGUUGAUUGCUUGGCCAAGGUGAAGGAGGUGAAGAUUCCCAUUCCAGUGUUCUGUAAUCUGUACUUAGAUGUGCUUAGGACUGAUUGAUUGAGAGUUUGGGAUCCAAUGAAGCAUAUUGUUAAGAUUAUCACCUUGCUGGUGACAAUCUGUGCCUUAUGGAUGGGUCUUCUACAGAUGUCUUUCGCUCCAAGUAGCCACACUUGGUUGCUACCUAUCUAUUUCACUGUUUUGCUUGGAUGCUAUGGUUUGCUAAUGGUUGGAGUUGGUCUAAUGCGCUUGCCGACUUGCCCGCGAGAAGCAGCACUGUUGCAGCAGGACAUUUCGGAAGCUAAGGGCUUCUUGAAGCAAAGAGGGGUGGACGUUGGCUCAGACUAUGAAGAAUGAUACAGUUGCUUUUCAAGCAGAGGAACCAUCAAAUUGCAGUAAAACUCGAUUUUCCCGUAAAUGAGAGCCUGACAACUGACUUUUGUUAUAUACGAUACUUUCACCCGGCUGAGUUUCGAAGAUUACUUUUGUUGUACAGUGGAGAUUUACAGAAGUUUUUGGAUUAGUCUGAUACUAAUUGUAGCUGACAUUGCACUCUGAUAUACUGGAAGCACGCAAUUUCUUCCCCAUCUGAUUCGGCGGUCCCAUGCACAUUCCAUUUAGUUAUUUUA